CAACAAAAAAUGCAAUAAAUUUUGGACUUUUGUAUUGUCAUCUUCAAGUGGGUUUUGAUAUCCAAAACUCCAUUCAAGAAUCAAGACUACUGGUAGUCUUUCCAAACAAUAUUGCUGGAGUUUUGCUGAACACUCGUCUCCAAACUCCCUGAAAACUCACCCUCACGGGCCUCACCUUUACUCUAUAGUCUGUACUACCACAACUUGACAAAAUUACAUUGAAAAAAAAUGCCUGAAAACGACCUGCGUCAAAAUAGAAUUUGGCAACUCACAAGUUCACAGGCUAGAGGUUGCCAAAUAUCUCAUUUUUCUAGAGUUGAUUUGUGUGGUAGCGGAUUGAGCAGUGUACGGUGUACCCCCAACUAAAGAUUGAAGACUGUCUUUAAUUGGUUUUUAAUUUCUGGUUGUAUUACUUUGAAGAUCCGAUUACAAGUAUAUAAAUACAUAACAGUUGCCUAAAGCUGCUUCCUAUAAUUGCUCCUGAGAUCAAGGAGUAAUUGAUACGAUACCGUAAAUAUUCUAACUUCUAAAAAUAUUUACAGAAUAAUUUUCUAACACCCCCUUCAAACUUGCGUCGAAAGAUGAACUUACGUCUGCUUCUUUUCCUAUUCACUCAAACUAGUCAAAAACGUCUGCUUCUUUUCCUAUUCACUCCAACUAGUCAAAUUAAAAUCAAGAAGACGCGUAUGAUGUGGCUGUUUGAUUCAUUCAAACUGUGAAGAAUAUGUAAUGGUUUUGUCAAGUUAACAAAACCGUAGACUUAAACAUACUAUAUACUUCAAACUAAGUAUAUAAAUAAGACUGAUCUGAUCUGUUACAUUGUUGAAUUACGAUCAAUUUUCAACUCAUCUUGCAAAUUGUUGAGCUUCCAUUAUCAAAACAAAGUUUGGUAUUAUCAUCUUGCAAAGCCGAGUUAGAACAAGACUAGGAGAAGCAAUGAGCUCUAAUGGGAGUGAGAGUGACCCAGCUAGUUCCAUUAGCUCCGCACUUAUUGCUUCGGUCGUUGUGAGUGCGAUUGCUACUAUAGCAAUAGUGAUGGCAAUAAUCUACUGCUUAAAGAGGACAGGGGAUGCACUCCCAAAAUAUGCACAAGCUCAAUUGACCGUUGGACGUAAUAACUCUAGCAAACAACAACAGAAUUACAAUUUUAAUCAUGAAGCAAACAUUACUUACGCAACCAUGGAGCGAUUCCUUGGUGACAUAGCACGAGAGCAGCCUACUCGAUUCUCAGCGACCGAGCUUACUCAGUGCACCCGAAACUUUACUAAGGUAUUAGGAUCUGGUGGAUUUGGAGUGGUGUACAAAGGAAAGUUUCCGAAUGGUAUUCAUGUCGCGGUAAAAGUAUUGAAAGAGAAUGUAAGUAAGAAGGUUGAAGAACAAUUCAUGGCAGAAGUAAGCACUAUGUGUAGAACAUAUCAUAUUAAUCUCGUAAGGCUUUAUGGUUUUUGUUUUGAUCCAACAAUGAAAGCCUUAGUUUACGAGUAUAUGGAACAAGGAUCUCUUGAUAAUCUAUUAUUUCGUCAAAAAAGUAAUAACAUUAUGUAUGUAGCAUUGGACAAGUUACAAGACAUUGCAAUUGGUACGGCUAGAGGUAUGGCAUAUUUACAUGAAGAAUGCCAAAAGAGAAUCAUUCACUAUGACAUUAAGCCCGGGAAUGUACUAUUAGAUGCAAGGUUAAAUCCGAAGGUGGCGGAUUUUGGCCUAGCAAUGUUAUGCAAUCGAGACAACACACACGUUGUUAUGUCAGGUUGUCGAGGAACUCCAGGGUACGCUGCUCCAGAGUUAUGGACUCCCUACCCGGUCACUCACAAAUGCGAUGUUUACAGCUUUGGAAUGCUUUUAUUUGAGAUUGUAGGGAGAAGAAGAAACCAUGACACUAAUCUUAGUGGGACUAGCCAAGAGUGGCUACCGAGGUGGGCGUAUGAGAGGUUCGACAAGGGAGAGUUAGCGGAGAUGUUGUCGCUUGUAGGCAUCGAAGAGGACGAUAAGGAGAAGGCAGAAAGAAUGGUGAAGGUUGCUCUUUGGUGUGUACAAUACUUGCCAAAUGCAAGACCUAUGAUGAGUUCUGUUGUAAAGAUGUUGGAAGGAGGGAUUCCGAUUGAUUCACCACCAAAUCCAUUUGCUCAUUUGCAAGAUAAUAUCGGGUUAAUUAGUGAAGGUGAUAGUAAUUCAUCAUCAACUAAAAGCACUUCUCCAUUACUCAAAUCUGAGAGCAGCAAAUUGGAGAUUCAAAUAGCCAAUACUUACUGAUUGUUAUUAUAUAUUAUUUAAGCAUGUCUAAUUUUAUGUAAGUAUGAUUGAGAACAUAUGCACACUUAAAAAUACCUUGGUAACCCUAUCA